CGCCACCCCUCUCCCCAUCUCCACCAUCUGUCUUGUCUCAUUCUGUUUUUCAUGUUUAAACUGUCUCCAUCAUCCUGCAAUAAUGUGCAUUUUGAAGAGAUAGAUCGCACCUAUCUAUGGAACCUAUACUUUGGUAGUCGUGGUUGAAGAACCAGUGUGGAAUUACCAUUGUUAUCAACAACAUCACUCCAAACAGCAAAUAGCUACAGUGAAACCAAACAUCUAGUGGGGAAAAAAGUACACAAUUUGUGUAUGUGUGUAUAUACAUAAAAAAGAAAAAAACAGAGAGCUACAUAUAUACAUAUAUGUUUUGUUUUCAACCUUCUUUUGGAAUUGUAAAUUAAUUCAGCUACAAUUGGAUUUUGGAUUUUAAAAAGAAAACCAACAAAAGAAACAGAAUAAAUCAUCUCUCUACUCAAAACUCUCCAAGAUAAACUGAGUUUCAUAACUGAAGACCUUUCACAAGAAGAAACUCAGUUCACUUCUCUUUUGGAAUCAUUUUUUAACCUAGUAUUGUUGAAUAUUUAAUAAAUAUAUAUUCCAGCUACUUUUUUUUUUAAUCUUGAAAAGUAAAAAAUUAUAUAUAUAAAAUUUUUUUUUAAAUCCAACGUAUUUUAAACCUAAAAGAACAGCUACUAUUACUUGUAGUAAUAUUAAUACCAUUGCUGUUAUUACAACAAUAACAAACAAGAAGAAAGAAUAAAAUAAAGUACAACAGAACAGCCCUGCUGCCAACACCACACAUCAAAAUUGUACAUGGAAUUUGAUCUUCUGCAACUAACCAGCAGCAGCAGCAACAACAACAGAAGCAAGUCAGCAUAGAGCAUCAAGAUGGCAGGAGUUGAAACUGCUGUACGUCAAAUUGAACUAAAAUGGCCAAAUGUACCUGACCAGUUAAUCAAAGGGAACAAAUUCCUUAAAUGGGAAGAGGGUUCUUCAAGUACAACUGAAAUUUUGCUCAGAGUUGAUCCCAAGGGAUAUUUCUUGUACUGGAAAAUUGAAGGAAAGGAAGAUGUCGAAAUCUUGGAUUUAGCUUACCUCAGAGAUACAAGAACAGGAAAAUAUACAAAACUUCCAAAGGAAAAGAAAGUCAAAGACGCUGGUACUAACUAUGGUUCUUCCAAUAUUCCACUUGCCGACAAAUGUUUUACAGUUUGCCAUGGUUAUGACUAUAUAGAAUUGGAAUGGCUUCAUUUCGUUGCAGAGAACUCGGAAUUAAAACAGAAAUGGGCAGAGGAAGUGUUCAAAUACGCCUACAACCUGCUCUCCCUAAACAAGAACCAGUUGGGUGAAUGGGAGAAACUUUACUUCAGGUUAACGACAGUGGAAGUAGAAGCUGGCGGAAAGAAAGUCCCUGUCAAAGCCAUCCAGAAAUGUCUUUCCAAAGACAAAGACGACAGAGGCAGGAUUUCCAAAGCUCUUGAAGGAUGUGGCUGGCCAUCAGGAAAGAACGACUCAAUUGACAUCAAGAAGUUUGAUUUUGACACUUUCUUCAAGUUUUAUCUAUCAUUGCUAAAUCGGUCAGAAAUUGAUGGCAUCUUCAAAGAGCUAAUUGCCUUUAGAACAGCAGAAAUACUGGGUCAGCUGACAAAAGAAGGAUUGCUGUAUUUCCUUAUGUGUGAAGAAAACAAUCUUACCCCAAUGCAUCGGUUGGAUUUGGGGGCCAACAUGAAGCUGCCCCUUGCAGCUUACUACAUCAAUUCUUCCCACAACACCUACUUGACAGGGCACCAGUUGACUGGAAAGUCUUCAGUGGAAAUAUACCGUCAAGUUUUGCUUACCGGAUGUCGUUGUCUGGAAUUGGAUUGUUGGGAUGGAAAAGAUGGAGAACCAAUCAUUACUCACGGCUUCACAAUGUGUACAGAAGUAUCUUUCAAGGAUGUGGUUGAAGCCAUUGCAGAAGCAGCCUUUAAGGUAUCAGAGUAUCCUGUGAUAUUGUCAUUUGAAAACCAUUGUUCAGUAAAGCAACAACAAUUACUAGCAAAAUAUUGCUGUGAAGCUUUUGGAGAAUUACUUUUGCAGAAAUCUUUGGACUCAUUCCCACUUAAACCCGGUAUUCAACUACCAUCACCACAUGACCUCAAGAAGAAGAUUUUGAUUAAGAAUAAGAAAGUGCACAAAGGUGGAGAUGAUGAUGACAUGGCUGGCUUAACAGAUGAAGAAAAGAAGAAAAUUGAGAAAGAAAAGAAAGAUGCGGGAACUGCUGCUAAAGAAGCUGAAGCCGCUGAAGAAAUGUCUGCCCUUGUCAACUAUAUCCAACCAGUUCAUUUCACAACCUUUGACAAUGCCACAAAGAAGAACAGAAGCUAUGAGAUGUCAUCCAUGGUAGAAACCCAAGCUUUGAACUUACUGAAAGAAGCACCAGAAGACUUUGUAGAUUACAACAAGAGACAGCUGACAAGAAUCUACCCGAAGGGUACCAGAGUCGACUCUAGUAACUACGUACCACAGUUACCCGUGUAUUACAUUGUUGCUCUUGUGGAGGCGCACUGGCCCAGUGAUUUGGCCAUGUGCGUCAAUUUGGGUGUAUUUGAAUACAACGGAUGCUCUGGUUAUAUAGUAAAACCAGAGUUUAUGAGAAAACUGGACAAGAGAUUUGAUCCCUUCACAGAAUCUACUGUCGAUGGUGUAGUUGCCGGAACAGUUGAAAUCAAGAUCAUCUCAGCCCAGUUCCUAUCUGACAAGAAGAUCUCUUCCUACGUCGAGGUUGAAAUGUAUGGAUUACCAACUGACACAGUCAGGAAGAAGUUCAAAACGAAAACCGUGGUCAACAAUGGUAUGGAUCCCUACUACAACGAAGAAGCUUUUGUCUUCAAAAAGGUUGUGUUGCCAGAUUUGGCUGUUGUGAGAAUUAUUGUGUAUGAAGAAGGUGGUAAAUUUAUUGGACAUCGUCUCAUGCCUCUGGACGGUAUCAAACCAGGUUACCGUCACAUACCUCUGAGAAAUGAGAGCAACCGUCCUUUGGGUUUGGCCUCUGUGUUUGCGCACAUUGUAGCCAAAGAUUACGUAUCUGAUGCAUUCGCAGAUUUUGCCAAUGCUUUGUUGAAUCCUAUUGCUUACCAAUCUGCAAACGAAGCAAGAGCUGCCGCUUUGUGCGCUUUUGAAGAUGACCCAGAUGCUGCUUUGGAUGCAGCAACUGCACCGAGCCCUAAGUCAGGUAAAAAGGCCUGGGGAGCUAUCGGCAAAAAGGUCAGUGCUAGUAACAUAGCUGUGAAGGCAGUUGGUAAACCAGGUGGACCUAAAGCUGCUGGUGGACCGAAACCAGCUGGUGGACCAAAACCAGCUGGCGGACCAAAACCAGCUUCUACACCUGCCAGUCCGCCUCCGCCUGCUGCAGAAUCUGAAUUUAUUACCAAUUCCAAAAUGAAAGAUGAUUCUAUUGUGAAACCACUAACCAUGGACAGUGUGAAACAGAACAAGGCAUACACAAAGAUCUCCAGCAAGAGAGACAAAGAAGUUGAUUCUUUAAAGAAGAAAAACGAAAAGGCUCAGUCAAAUAUGAAGACAAAGAUGAAGGGUGAAGAAACCAAGUUGAAAAGUGCCAACCAAAAGAAUGAGAAAAAGGCAGAGAAAAGUGGCAAAGAUGAACAUGAUAAAGUGGUGAAAGAGAAUGAAGAAAAGGUUUGUUUCUUCUCCCAGUUGACAUUUUAUUAUAGUCGAUCCACUUCACUAUCUGAUGAUUACAUUUUUAUCACGAUGAUAGCGAUGGUUGUGGUUGAUGAUGACAAUGGUUGUGUUGAUGUCCAAUUAUCUCUAAUUCAUUGUUGUACAUCUCUUUCCAGGAAGAAACGUGAACUGAGUAAAAAACUGAUUGAUGGCAUUGUUGCCGAGAGAAACAAGUUGAAGGCAUUGAAAGAGCAACAAGAGAAAGUCUUGGAUAAGAAUAUGGAGAAUUUAAUAAAAGAGUUUGAUAAUGAGAAAUCAAAUGCUGAAGCUAAGAUAAAGGAGGAGAUUGAUGGAAAAUUGAAGAAAGCUAAUGAGACUUGGUCUUGAAUGGCAGAAAACACACUUUUGAAAGAUUAUGAGGAGAGGAUGCAGAAUUUAGCAAUUGAUUUUGCAUUACAGAAAGUCAACAGCAAAGAUAACAUCACCGCUAUGUGAAUUUUUAGCCAAAAAGAAAAAAAAAAAGAAAAA